GCAUUGUAGUCUGUGAUAUUCAAUUCAUUAGAUUUAAAUCUAGGUAAAGAUUUUUCAUACACAGUCAGAUUUUUAUGUGUUCGUGCGGAAACUACAGAUGAGAUUUGCGUUUCGUCGCCCUGAAAGAGGGUGUGUGCACAUAUCGUCUGCUGCGGCGGGCAGGUCGAAGAGGGGACCUGAGUGACCCGAUUGAGAGCCAUGCAUCGCUUGUGGCCCACCCUGUACCAUACCGCACAGCGGCAGUAUAGAUGCUUCCCAGUAUGUCAGCAGAUAUCAUGCCUCAUGUCAAGCAAAGCAGGAGACCCUCCAAAGCCACCUGACCAUCUGUCACAACAUACACCAACACAACAUGACACAAAUGGAGAAGAUACGGUUUCCACUAAGUUUGUGCCCUCAAGUCGACCAAACACAAUCUCUUCCCUCCCCCAGUUGGAAGACUGGGUCUUCCGUUUGCUAUGUAAUCCACAGGGUCAUGUUCCCAUCUCAGAGUUCCACAAGGCCUUGCGAGAAGUCGGCCUUUGGGAAAACGACCCCCGCUUAAGAGAAACCAUGGCCAACCUGCGCAAGCUACAAGAAUCCCACAGCUCGUUUCUCGAUCGCGAAAGCUUCAGCAAGUGCAUAACGGAGAAUAUCGUAAUUAUCGGGCGGGCCUUCCAGUCCAAGUUUGUUAUACCAAAGUUUAGUGAAUUUUCCAGCUAUGUUGACAAAAUGUACUGGUCGAGUGUCUCGCGUAAAGGAGGCAAAGUAGCGGAUUAUAUUCCGCAGCUGGCACGUUUCAGUCCUGACCUGUGGGGCGUGGCGCUGUGUACGGUUGACGGCCAGCGACAUUCAAUAGGAGACAGCGACAAACCCUUCUGCUUGCAGUCUUGUGUCAAGCCCCUGGUGUACGCAACAGCGGUCAGCGAGCUUGGCGCCGAAACUGUCCACGGAUAUGUCGGAACUGAACCCAGCGGGAGGCCUUUCAAUGAGAUUGCCUUGAACAAAUACAAUCAGCCCUUCAACCCAAUGAUCAACUCGGGCGCCAUCCUGCUGUGUUCUCUCAUCAAACCUGAGGAUCAUCAAGCAGACAGAUUCGACCACAUCCUGAAGGUACUGAAAGCAGCUGCAGGCGACGACUUUGUAGGCUUUAGCAACACCACUUUUCUGUCAGAGAAAGCCACGGGCUAUCGUAACUUUGCCUUAGCUUACUACUUAAAGGAGAACAAGUGCUUCCCACCAAAGACAGAUCUCAUGGAAGCUCUCGAUCUAUACUUCCAACACUGCUCGGUCGACAUAACAUGCGAGUCCGGUGCAAUCAUAGCGGCUACACUAGCAAACGGUGGUGUUUGCCCACUAACGGGAGAGCUGGUGUUCCAUCCGGACGCGGUUCAGCACACGCUGUCGCUCAUGCACUCGUGUGGAAUGUACGACUACUCAGGACAGUUUGCGUUCCAAGUCGGCCUCCCCGCGAAGUCUGGAGUUAGCGGUGGCAUCAUGUUGGUGGUGCCCAGUGUGAUGGGUAUCAUGGUUUGGAGCCCACCCCUAGAUAGCACAGGUAACAGUGUUCGAGGUCUGCACUUCUGCAAGGAACUGGUCUCCACCUUCAACUUUCACCACUACGACAACCUCAAGUACAAGUCCAAGAAACUGGAUCCGAGACGGCACAGGGAUGAAAGUCGCAGUCAGCAAAUCAUCGACAUCCUGUUUGCCGCGUACAACGGUGACGUGACCGCCCUGCGCCGCUGCGUGAUGCUCGGCAUGGACAUGGAGGUGACGGACUACGACGGUCGCACGGCGCUGCACAUCGCGGCGGCGGAGGGCCACGUUCAGGUGGUCCGGUUCCUUCUGGAGAAGUGUGGGGUACGGCAUGACCUGCAGGAUAGGUGGGGACAGGUACCGCUCGGCGAUGCUGUGCGCUUCGGACACAAGAAAACUGAGGAGAUACUACUCAAGGCUAAAGAAGAAUCUGGCUAGAUACUUACACAUCAUACCACACAGUUAACAUGGGUGUUUUCUCUGUUAAAUGUAA